UUUCCAAGGCAGGCUGACCUGAAGGCACAGCUGAGGCUCCCACCCAGCAGCCCCCUCCCUCCUGUGCCCCUUUAUGAACAAGGACUGCUGCCUUUUCGUCCUCUUUCUUCCAUGGGUCUUCCUUUCUCUCUUUGUCUCUCCUCCUAAUACUUUUCAAUGUGUGGUCCUAUGCCCUCCAAAGUAGCAUCAAGGGUUCUCUCUCUCUCUCCCUUUCUCCAAGUUUGUUGUUACUUGCCAUCCAGUCUUUCCCAACUGAUGGUGACCCGAACACACACCUUGGUCUCCCAACAGCCCACCUCCCUCUUGUUCCUCUCCCAAACAGAAGGGGCCUUCUGUCAGCAUCCACUGCGCCUUCUGCAUCCUCCUUACUGCCUUUCUUUGCUUCCUCUGUUUAUCUCUCCUCCUGAUACUUUUCAGUCUGUGGUCCUCUGCCUCCCAAUGUGCCAGCUUGCUUGCUUUCUUUUUUUCUUUCUUUCUUUUUCUUCAAGUUUGUUGUUUUGUGCUUUCAAGUCAUUGCCAAUUUAUGGUGACCCUAAGGCACACGUUAGGCUCCCAACAGCCCAGCUCUUCUUAGAAAGAGAAGGACCUUUUAUGAGCAUCCACUGUGGCUUCUUCAUCCUCCUUGGCUCUUCCAUUCUUUGCUCCCCCUGUUUGUCUCUCUUCCUCACACUUUUCAAUGUAUGGUCCUGUUUCCUCUAACAUACAAGCAAGGGCUCUUUUCCCCCUUCUUCCUUCCUUGCUACUUUGCUUUCUUCCUUCCUCCAAGUUUAUUGUUGCCUUCAAGUCAUUUCUGACAUGGUGACCCUAAGGCGAACCCAUCAUGGGGUUUUCUUGGCAUGAUUUGUUCAGAGGGGGCACGUAAUCCUUGGAGACGCAUGAAGCCAGAGUGAUCCACAAACCUCUUCCCUGUGGACAGAGUCCUGGGGAAGGGGGGGAGAGGGCACUUCUGAAUGUAACUGUACUUCAUUGGUAUUGUGCCCCAUCCCCUCAGACUAGAGCUCCCUGUGUUCACUACUGUCUCCAUACAGUCACUUUGAUUGCUCUCCCCUUUGAUUGCCCUUCCCUCCCUAAAAUCAAGACUUUUGUAGAAAGUAGUGGAUUUGAAUAGUCACGAAAGCUUCACGGUUGUGUGGGAAUUUGUUGUGAUUUGGAUUCAGCUACCCUGGCUGCACUGCCAACAUGAUGAGUGUUCCUUUGGCCAAACACUCUGAGGGAUUCAGCGAUCCUUGGCCAUGUGCUGAAUCAACAGGGAUAACAUCUUCCCCUUCUUUGUAAAGCACCGUUCUUGAGAAAGCACCAGAGCUGUUUACUAUUAAUCUCAUUUGUUACUCUCUCUCUCUCUCUCUCUCUCUCUCUCUCCUCUCUCUCUUCUGUUGUAAGCAUACUUCGGACUUCAAAAGCGCUGCAAGGAUCCUUCCCGUUCAAGCUCUGCUUCCACCAUGUGGCCAUGGCUAAGAGCACAGCCAGUAACAGCUACUACCUCAAAGAAUCAAAAGGCAGUAGAAGAUGGCUGCUGUUCCUGGAAGGAGGUUGGUACUGCUUUAACAGAGAGAACUGCAACACUCGGUAUGAAACAAUGAGGAGACUUAUGAGCUCCAAGGAUUGGCCCACCACAAGAACUGGAACUGGCAUUCUGUCAUCACAACCAGAGGAAAAUCCACACUGGUGGAAUGCAAAUAUGGUUUUCAUCCCAUAUUGCUCAAGCGACGUCUGGAGUGGAGCCUCUGCCAAGACUGAAAAAAAUGAAUUUGUCUUCAUGGGUGCCCUCAUAAUACAAGAGGUUGUGAAAGAACUGGUGGGAAAAGGUCUUGGGAAUGCCAAGGUGUUGCUGCUGGCAGGAAGCAGUGCUGGUGGAACAGGGGUGCUCUUGAAUGUGGACCGAGUGGCUGAACAGCUGGAACAGAUGGGAUAUCCUGGGAUUCAGGUCCGUGGCCUUGCAGACUCUGGCUGGUUCUUGGAUAAUAAACAAUACCGUAGAACAGACUGCAUUGAUACCAUAACCUGCGCCCCCACAGAAGCCAUCAGGAGAGGAAUUAGGUAUUGGAAUGGGCUUGUUCCGGAACGAUGCAGAAUGCAGUUUAAAGAGGGAGAGGAAUGGAAUUGUUUCUUUGGCUAUAAAAUUUAUCCUACUCUCCGAUGUCCUGUUUUUGUGGUUCAGUGGCUCUUUGAUGAAGCCCAGCUAACUGUGGACAAUGUACAUUUGACUGGCCAGCCAGUACAGGAAGGGCAAUGGCUUUACAUUCAGAACCUGGGCCGUGAACUGAGGAACACCCUCAAGGAUGUGACAGCCAGCUUUGCUCCAGCAUGUUUGUCUCAUGAGAUCAUCACACGCAAUCAUUGGACAGACAUUCAAGUAAAAGGGACCUCUUUACCUCGUGCUCUGCACUGCUGGGAUCGCAGCCUCCAUGACAGCAACAAGAAUGGGAAAGCCCCGUUGAAAGGAUGCCCAAUUCAUCUGAUUGACAGCUGUCCCUGGCCACAUUGUAAUCCCUCAUGUCCUACUAUCCGGGACCAGUACACAGGACAAGAGAUGAAUGUGAUCCAGUUCCUCAUGCAUAUGGGCUUUGAUGUGCAGAAGAUGGCCCAGCAGCAAGGUCUGGAGCCCAGCAAACUUCUGGGUAUGCUGAGCAGUGGUAGCUAGGGGAGUUUUCCAUUAUGGAGGACUGUGUGUGACUGCAUAAGAGGUGGGAGCCUUUUAGCUCCACACACAAACUUUUCUGCCCUUCGUGCUCACUUUCAUCACAUAAGCAUCUACUCAGACAUGCAGGCAAAGUCAUGCAUGCACACUUCUUGCGCAGUUAAUAUGUUAGGAUGAAAAGUACAGGAUCUUGUCAACACCAUUUCAUUGAAAUAUUACCUCUACUUCAGGGGACGAUCUCAACCCAAACAGAACCUCUGUCUGCAAUAUUUCACUAUUGGUUUACAGAGAGCAGUAAGUGCAUAGAAAUGUCAGCAGCAAGAACCUUCUCCAGGGCUUAAAAGGACUUCAUAAUUUGACCUUUUCCAAUAUGUUUUCACAUCAGAGAGGGAGGAGGGGAGGAAGGGAAGCACUGGAUUGUUUGUCCAAUUAGGAGUUCAGGUAUGGUUACACAACUUCCUCAAGGCUGGCAUCUUGCAGUGUAACAUAACAUACAAUCCAAGCAUACAGGCUAGAAAACGGACUUAAUCUUAUACUCAAUUUACUUUUGUAUUAUUUUAUAAAAUGAUUUUUAUUACUUAAUUUUUAAAGAAAUAAGCAAGAAAUAUAAGAAUAAUGAUAUUGUUUUGUAACAUAUUUUUUUAAAUAAUGAAAAGAAAAACACCUUGUGCUGUUUAGGCAAUGUGAAAAUAUUUAUUUUUAAUAUGUAAAAGCUAUUUAUAAGAGCUGACCCAAGAUAUGCUCACAUGUUGUUGUAAAGUUGUAAAUACUUCUCCUUUGGAAAAGUUUUCCUUGUGAUCACAUGUGUGUGAGAGAGGGCAAGGGUCAGCAUUGGCAUUGUUAUUAUAAUUUCUGUUAGAUCCCCAUGACUCUGUUGCAGUAUGCUUUUUUGUUAUUUGUGAAGCAAGGAAGACAGAAAAGACAUCGCACCCUUCUUGUUCAGCUACCUCCUUGCUAAAAUAUGACUUUAUGCAGUGAGUGAGUAACCAAAACAAACAAAACCUCAGAUGUGAAAUCAAAGGCUUCAUUCGUUUAGCAUUGUGUAGCUAACUUGGGAUGGUUUUGUGAUGUAUGAACGUAUUGAAAAUUCUGAGACUUGGACGUUACAGUUCUCUUCAGAGGGAUGUUAGAUGUAGCAGAAGCCCUGUUCACCUUCAAUAUGAUUACAUAGAAUGAAACAGAAAUGACGUAUACAUCAAGCACUGCCUCCAUCCCCUGACCACAACGUAGUUCUUUACUCAUUCAGUCCAUUUUUCUUAUUUUAUUUUACUUUUUAAAAGUUGCUUGGGGUCUGUAUCAGCUGGGGGCGCUUUGGGGGUGGAGUAUAUGCCCUCCCCCCUUUAGGCUUACUUUUAUUGCAUGCAAGUGCUUGCAUAGGACUAUGAUAUUCUGAAGAACCUUUCAGACAUGCAAAGUCAACAGUAAAUAGUCAGUGAGGAUUAUUCCAAAACCCAGACUUCUGGACACAGCCCAAGUAUUUCCCAUGUAUUCUGCCUUCCCCAUGCUUUCAAGAUGUUGUGUUUAUUGUGCAGUCACCUUGCCUCACUCACAGAAAUUUGGAUUGUGGCUAAAGACCACUUGAAAUUGUAAUCUGUCUUUUUCCACCACAUCUUCUACUGUUCUUCUUUUCACAGACAAAAAUACUGUUAUGGUGAAAAAUACAAUGGCUGAACAAUUAUUUCCCGUUGAAUACUAGGAACUGUCUGUUAGAGACCAUCCCAACUUUAGCUUGAUUUCUUUAAUCAGCAGUUCCAAGAACUAACUCACAGCUCACUCAGACCUUUUGAUUUCAGCGACUUGUCAUAGUAAAGAAAGAGACAGAAAGAUCCCUAUGUGCUUUUAAAAUUACCAGAUCCUUUGCAUGAAGUAAGCCCCCUUUUGCCAACACCCACCAAAUUCAGCUAACACAAAGUAUGUGUUUCACCAAGGGUAGUUUUUGUGUGUUUUCAAAUUGACUCUGACUGAUGGGAGACCCUAUCAUUGCAAGAUUUAUUCAGAGGUUUGCCAUUGCCUUCCUCUGAGGCUGAGAGAAGGUGACUACACCACAUGGGCUCUUCCUUAGAGCAGGGGCACUUACAUAUUAUAGUAAAAGAGCACAACAGUUGCCCAACAGCUCACAAAUAAGACUUGCAAGUUCUC